GGCUUAUGUUUCCAGGUAGGACACUUUUAUGGGUCGGACUCAGCCAGGCUGGGAAAAGGAUUGGCGAAUGAUUUGGAAAUCGGUGGAGGGGAACGAAGUUUUGUGCCGGGGACGGCGGAGGAACAGAGUCCCCCAUAUCCCGGCCGGGAUUUUCGCAGGUCACCGAAAGGAGGUUCAUCGCGUCCCAAUGCCGAAGGGAGAGAGAGGCAUUUCAUUCGUCUUCCUUUCCUUUUCAUCGUGAGGGAACCUGCCCACUCGGCCGGCGGAACUAAAGAGAGAACGAACUCUUUCUCCCCGCCUCAGGGCAUCUGCCGGGGUUGACCUGGGAGCCUCUCGCGAUCUGCGACCAGACUAGGGAAAAUAGUCUUCGGUGGGGAGGACCACCGGUCUCCUCGGCUUCUGAAGAAAAGCAGCGCUGGAUUACGUCUGUGACAUGUCCCCAGCCAUUUCCUCGAAGGAUAAUAGCCGGCAUCGCCGGCCAGGCAACUAUCGGAAUGUUCUGGAUGUGAUGCAGAAUAAGCCUGGUCCUCUAGAUUUCUAUGAAGAUGGCCCUGUGGACACAGUCGGGAAAGAUGACAGGGAGGCUCUGCUUCAGGAGCCACACAUCCGGCCUGUGGAGUCUCCCCAAGACUAUAGAGCAGAGUUUGGCAAUAUCUUGCUCCUUCUCUUCCUGUAUGUGCUGCAAGGGAUUCCUCUGGGGCUUGCUGGCAGCAUCCCCCUCAUUUUGCAAAGCAAGAAUGUCAGCUACAAAGACCAGGCUUUCUUUAGUUUUGUUUUCUGGCCUUUCAGUCUGAAGUUGCUUUGGGCUCCCUUAGUGGAUGCUGUGUACUUCAGAAACUUUGGUCGCCGAAAGUCUUGGCUUGUGCCUACUCAGUACAUUUUAGGUCUUUUUAUGAUGUACUUGUCUGUGCGGGUGGAUUCUCUGCUUGGAGAGGUCAAUGGCCAAAGCCCAGAUGUGGUGGCCCUUACUGUGACCUUCUUCCUCUUUGAAUUCCUAGCAGCCACUCAGGACAUAGCUGUAGAUGGCUGGGCAUUAACUAUGUUAUCACGAGAAAAUGUGGGCUAUGCAUCCACUUGUAAUUCUGUGGGUCAGACAGCUGGCUACUUCUUGGGAAAUGUCUUGUUCUUGGCUCUUGAAUCACCUUCCUUCUGCAACAAGUAUCUACGCUUUCAGCCUCAAGCCAAAGGAAUUGUUACACUUUCAGAUUUCCUCUUUUUCUGGGGUGCUGUUUUUUUAAUAACUACUACAUUGGUUGCGCUUUUGAAAAAGGAAAACACGACAAUAACACCAUCAAAAGAAGAGACAAAAGGAAUCAUGGAUACAUACAAGCUGCUUUUCUCAAUAAUCAGAAUGCCAGCUGUCCUUACGUUUUGUGCCCUGAUCUUAACAGCAAAAGUUGGUUUCUCAGCAGCAGAUGCUGUAACAGGUCUCAAACUGGUAGAAGAAGGGGUGCCUAAGGAACAUUUAGCUCUGCUUGCUGUUCCAAUGGUUCCAUUGCAAAUCAUACUGCCUCUGAUCAUCAGCAAAUAUACAGCAGGGCCAAAGCCCUUGAAUACAUUUUAUAAAGCCAUGCCUUUCAGGCUACUAUUUGGAUUAGAAUUUGCUCUCCUGGUUUGGUGGACUCCCAGAGUAAAGUAUGAAGGAGGAUUUCCAAUCUAUUACUACAUUAUAUUAUUGCUGAGUUAUGCCUUACAUCAGGUUACUGUAUACAGCAUAUAUGUUGCUAUAAUGUCUUUCAAUGCCAAAGUUAGUGACCCACUCAUUGGAGGAACGUACAUGACACUACUUAACACAGUAUCCAAUCUGGGAGGAAACUGGCCAGCCACAGUAGCUCUGUGGCUUGUGGACCCACUUACAGUGAAGCAAUGUGUUGGAAUUCAAGGUCACAGCUGUGGGACUUCAGCUGCUACAGAACUUUGCUCAAAGGAAGGUGGAUCUUGUGUUAUUACUUUGGAUGGUUAUUAUGUGGAAUCCAUAAUAUGCGUAGUAUUGGGAUUUGUUUGGUGGCUGUUUCUUGGGCCCAAAUUGAAAAGGCUGCAGAAUGAGCAACCAACGUCAUGGAAAUGCAGAAGAAUCAGUUAAUGAAAAUGAAAUAUCACAAAAGACUAGCUAAAAUUGCUGUAGCUUUGUCAUAUAACAAAUAUACUGUAUAAGAGAACAAGUAUCCAUCUAAAAAUGGUCAGUUUAUACAUGCCAAAUGACUUUACAAAAGCUAAAGUCAAUUUAAGUACUGUAUGGAUCAGUUAUAAAGUUUGCCCUUCUUAUUCAAAAUUACCCUUAAAGGUUUUUUUUAUUACUUCAUAAAAACAUUUAAAAUCUGUUACUAUUCUGCUAAAUUACAGUUGUUGCCUUCCUUUCUUUUAUGUCCUUAAAGUUACCUUUGAAGAAAAAAGCUGUCUUUAAAGGACCUUAACAAUAAUUUUGAUUUAUAAUAAACAUUGAAUCUACAUGGUUAAAAUGUUUUAGAAAGAAAAAAAUGUUAUAUAUAUAUAUAUGUAUAUGUUUUAUAAUGCUUUCCAAAUAGGUCAAAACAAUGAGGAUAACAGAUUCUGUCUGUUUUUUUGUUUUGCCUUGCUCCUAUAAAAUUUAAAGAUUUAUAAAAAAAAAUAAUAUAUCUAUAGUAGUGAGAAUAUGCUUUUUUUUUUCUUUUAAAGUUCAGAUUUGGUUUCCUAUGCUUUAUUUGCUAAUAGAAAUAGUUUCAUCAUUACGGUACUAAUAGUUUACAGCAUAAGUAGCCCCAAGCCACAGAGGCAUUAUUAAUUGGUACUGAAGUUUUUCAAAAUGUUUAAGACCAGAUAUAAAAUUGAUGACAACAGUUUGUACAUGAAAAACCAAAGUUAUGGUUUAUGAAGAAUGGAACAUACUUUUUUUCUUUUUUCUUUCUUUCAUUCUUUCUUUCUUUCUUUUCUUUUCUUUUCUUUUCUUUUCUUUUCUUUCUUUUCUUUUUUCUUUUUGCGUGUGGGACCCAAAUAGGACUAAGCAGACUAUUUAGUGCCUUCUGGAAAUAAGUUGUGUAAGAUGGCAACCAAAUAUCUGUAUUGUUAACUUUUAGAACAUAAGUGUCAUUGUCAUAAAAUAUACCCAUUUCUGCUGAUAUCAGGAAUCUAAGUAAAUGUUUCAAUGAACAUUAAAGGAAUUUUUUUUUUUUUUUUAGAAUCUAAUGAUGUACAGCAUAAUGUAUAUCAUAUGGAAAUGGGCUCUGUAUAGCAUUUGAUGUAUUGUAUACAUCUUUCAUAUGAACAUUUAUUCAAAAAUUAAAACGGUGUCAUACUUUUUGACACUGGGAUGAAAUACUGAAACACUCAUAUCAGGGAUAUGUCUCAGUUUCACUGGUUAUUUCAAUAAGUCAGUUCUUUCUGAAAUUGACAUUUUUGAUUCCAUGUGAAUCUUUCUGAUUUACACUGUUUUGAUGCUCUUUUCAGAGUGUGAAUAAAAUUUAAACCUCUAAUAUUUAUGUUUGAAAAUGUCUUUUUUUAAAAACACAUAUAGAUGUGUGUUCCAAUGAAAUGAAUAGGAACUACUUCCAAGAAAAUAAAAAUAGGGUUAGUUUUUAAAUACAUUUUAACCUUAUCAACAGGGGGAAGAUAAACUUUUGUGUUUGGUUGACACUUCUCUUAGAAUAUGUGAUAGAAAUUCUGGCAUGCUGCUUCUGAGAUACUGAUAACAUAUUAUUUAAAUAAUAUAAUAUAGAUCAGAUGAACCAUCCAAUUUGGUAACUUGAAUGAAAACUCCAUAGUGCUUUCAAUAAAGAGAUAUCAUUUUCAUUAAUAUUUUACAGAAACCUGAUUUGGAUUUUCUUAAAUUUGAUUUAUCCUUACUGCAUAGAAUAGCACAAACACAGUAACCAUAAUUAAUGAUUUUAAUGCUAGAAUAAGAAGGCCAGGGAUAGGUGGCUGCAGAGGAGACAAGAGGAAAGGAAAAAUAUUUAAAAGAAUUCUUCCCAGGAUGUCCUUCUUCCAGAUAAGAGUUCUGUUAAAAUAUUAGUUGUUUCUAGGCCUUUUCAGCAGAGGGCAGGGAUUUCUUCUAGAAAAAGCUAUGUAACAAGAAGAGUAUCCACAAUAAAUGAUGAAAGAGACUUUUAAUGUUUUCCUAUUCUGUAUUACUGUUAAUACAAGGUGCCAAAAUAAAUAAAGCUUAUCAAUUUAAACAAAA